AUGUACGCACAACUAGCCGUCUGCUCACUCCUCAGCACCGUGGCGUUCGCCGCACGAGCUCCAGUCGACAACGGCAUCAAAUUCCCCUUCUCGAGGAACCACAAAACCGUGACGAACGACGAUGGCACCGUCAACCCGGAAUGGUACUUUGGUGAAUUGAAGCACACAGUAGGGAAGUAUGGUAUGAAAGUCAAACUCCCGGGCAAGGCUGGGGAGGUCGUUAGGAGAGGGACAAGCUCGAUCCCGGACGCUUUCGAGCCUCUCAAGGACCAAGGCAACGAUUUGCUCUACUACGGCAUCGCUACCGUGGGCGCUGAGAACGACAAGCCGCAGGCAUUCACCACUGACUUUGACACUGGUUCUGCCGAUUUCUUCGUGCCGGGGCCUACCUGUGGCACGGCUCAGGGGUGUGUUGGGAAGAUCAAGUACGAUAGAGGCGGUGUCGAUGAAGGCAACACGACUGCCGUUACGUACGGCUCUGGCAUGAUCAUGGGGGAGAACUACUUCGACAGCGUAGACGUCGCCGGCUUGACGGCCGAGAACACGAACGUCAUCUCGUUGACGAGUGCACAAGGGUUCUCAACCUCCAAAUCCGCCGCCCGCAUGGGCAUGGCCUUCUCCACCAUCGCCCGCUCCAAACAACCCACCUGGUUCGAGAACCUCAUCACGCAGAAAGUCAUCUCCAACCCCGACUUCAGCUUCUUCCUCGGCGGCCGCGCCUCCGACCGCUUCCGCGGCCCGGUCACCAAGAUCCCGCUGAGCGCUGAGACGUACUGGCAAGUCGCCGUCGACACCGUGCUGGUCAACGGCAAGAAGGCUCCUGCUUUCGAUCCCACGGUCGGGAAUGCUGCGAUCGAUACCGGGACGACGCUGGUCAUUGCGCCGACGUUGGCGACGGCGAGUAUUUACAGUCGUGUGCCCGGGGCGUUCCCGGUACCGGUGAGUGGGACGAAUUUGCUGGUUUAUGCGUAUCCGUGCAAGCAGACGCCGAAUGUGGCGUUUCAGUUUGGAGGGAAGGGGCGGAAGUUUGCGACUAAUAAGAAGGACUUUAGUUUGGGGACUAUUACCACGAAUUUUGCGGAGUUUAUUGGGGAUGAUGGGAUGGCUAGACGGCUUGCUGAUACGCAGUAUUGUCUUGGGUCGGUUGCUGGGGCUGAUAUCAACCCGGGGUUGAACCUGUAUGUUGUGGGUGAUACGUUCUUGAAGAACUGGUACUCGAUCUACAGUUACAACAACGACGGCGGCAAGCCGAGCGUGAGCUUCGCGAAGGCUUCGGUCUCGAUUCCUUCGUAG